AUGCCUCGCGAGAUUAUAACAUUACAAGCUGGUCAAUGUGGCAAUCAAAUUGGAGCAGAGUUUUGGAAACAACUAUGUAGAGAGCAUGGUAUUAGUCCACAGGGAUACUUGGAGGAUUAUGCAUUACCAGGUAUUGAUAGAAAGGAUGUGUUCUUUUAUCAAUCGGACGAUGAUCAUUAUGUACCUCGUGCAUUAUUGUUGGAUCUAGAACCGGGUGUAAUCAACACGAUCAAGACAUCAGAGUAUGCCAACUUGUAUAACAAUGAGAAUAUAUAUAUCUCACCGCAUGGUAGUGGCGCUGGCAACAACUGGGCCAGUGGAUAUAGUCAGGCCGAUCAGGUGCACGAGACCAUCCUGGACAUGAUCGACCGAGAGGCCGACGGCAGCGAGUCGCUCGAGGGCUUCUUGCUGUGUCACUCGAUAUCGGGAGGCACGGGCAGUGGCAUGGGCUCGCUCAUACUCGAGAAGCUUGCCGACCACUAUCCAAAGAAGAUCGUACAGACCUACUCGGUGUUCCCCGACCCCGAGGGCAUCGUCGUGCAGUCGUACAACUCGCUACUCACAUUGGCGCGUCUGGCCAACUACGUCGACAGCACGGUCGUGCUGGACAACACGGCGCUCAACAGAAUCGCCUCGGAACACCUGCACAUCCAAUCGCCCACCUUCACCCAGACCAACUCGUUCGUCAGCACAGUGAUGGCGGCGUCAACCACCACGCUGCGCUACCCCGGCUACAUGAACAACGACCUGGUCGGCAUGCUGGCGUCGCUCAUCCCCACACCACGCUGCCACUUCCUCAUCACAGGCUACACGCCACUCACUGUCGAUCGUCUGGCCGAGUCGGUGCGCAAGACGUCCGUGCUCGACGUCAUGCGCCGUCUGCUGCAGCAACAGAACAUCAUGGUGUCCUCGCCGUACAAGAGUGGCAAGUACAUGUCGGUGCUGAACAUUAUACAGGGCGAGGUGGAUCCCACUCAAGUACACAACAGUCUACAGCGAAUCAGAGAGAGGAAGCUGGUCAACUUUAUCAACUGGGGUCCAGCCUCCAUCCAAGUGGCCCUUUCCAAAAAGUCACCAUACAUUCAAACAUCGCACAAGGUCAGCGGACUAAUGUUGGCCAAUCACACAAGUGUUCAUCAUUUAUUCUCUGGCGUCAUUGAUGAGUAUGAGAAGCUGAGGGCCAAGAAGGCCUUUAUCCAGAAUUAUUCAAAAGAGUGCAACUUUGGUGAUAUACUUGAGGAGUUUGAUCGUGCUAAGGAGGCAGUUGGAGGUCUGGUAGAGGAGUACAAAGCAGCCGAGCAUUCAUCAUAUGUAAACUAUUCGAUGGAGAGAGAGUUAUUGAGACAAAAUGUAAUCUAA